UCAUGCGGGACGUGGGCGGGGGCGCCUCUGAGUGACGCGCCCUCCUCGCGGUGCCCUUCAGCCGCUGCUGCAGCACAGAGCGCCACAUGGACCCCGCCAGCCAGACAGCGCAGCGCUGCUGAUCAUCCGCCCUGGAAGGCAGAGGAGUCUGACCACGCUUGAAUGUGAGAUCUGACCCGGAGUGGCUCCUGAGGAACCAAGCCAUCGUCAUGGAGUUCGUGAUGAAGCAAGCCCUGGGAGGGGCCACUAAGGACAUGGGGAAAAUGCUUGGGGGCGAUGAGGAGAAGGACCCUGAUGCCGCCAAGAAGGAGGAGGAGCGGCAGGAGGCGCUGCGGCAGGCAGAGGAGGAGCGCAAAGCGAAGUACGCCAAGAUGGAGGCGGAACGCGAGGUCAUGCGGCAGGGCAUACGAGACAAGUAUGGCAUCAAGAAGAAGGAGGAGCGUGAGGCUGAGGCCCAGGCAGCCAUGGAGGCCAACUCAGAAGGCAGCCUGACUCGACCCAAGAAGGCUAUUCCACCAGGCUGUGGGGAUGAGCCAGAGGAGGAAGAUGAAAGCAUCCUGGACACUGUCAUCAAGUACCUGCCUGGGCCGCUGCAGGACAUGUUCAAGAAGUAAUGGUACCACGUCAGCAGCAGGAGCCCUGCCCACUGUACAGACCCCCACGGAGUCUCCCCCCACAAGGGAUGUUGGGAGCAGAUGCAGCCCCCCCCUGCAAAAAUAAGCCAUAGUCCUAGAUCUGUCCUGUCCAUGUCCCCCUCACGCCUCGGGAGCCUCUGGCCACCCCUCCCCGCACUGCCAUCACUGACCCCACCAGGCAAGGGUGUGACCCUCAGGCCUCUGUGCUGUGCAUCCUUGCCUUUUUGAGUGGCUGGACCCUUCCUUACUACUCUCGAGUUCACCAUUCCCACAGAGCCUGCCCAAGGUCAGGGCCCGAGGGCCAGCCCUGACCACCCCUGGGUGGGUGGCCACCGGUCAGGGCUUAAACUCAGGAGCACAGCCAUAGCCGGGUGGGACUUGGGGAAUGAGCAGUGGGUGCUUGGUGGCCCCAGCCCUUCUCUGAGCUCAUCGCCCCAGUUUCUGUACUUGUUAGAUCUGCUGGACCGUUUGCUCCGUCUUCCUGUCUGUCUUCAACGGCGACCCAUGCAUAUUUUGUCCAGCUGUCUCUUUCUCUGUUGCUCUGCAAGGUUUGGCUUCUUAAGAACGCCACAGCCAGAGGAAACACAGCAAUAGACAGGGAGUGGGUGGUCUCAGACACACGUGGAGUCCCUUGACACCCUUUGUAGUGCGCCUCCCGGGCUCCCACCUCUCCCGGUGCCUCCUGUCUUCUUGGAGGGCAGGCAGACCCCUAGGGAGCUCCUGGCUUUACCACUGGACCCCUACCUUCAAAAUGCCUGACUCCCUAAGGUUUUCUGGUGUUUCAUGUGCAGAGCAGGCUACGGGCCACAGGAUCAGGAGUCCCAUCCUUUCCGCUAUUCCUCCUCUGAAGGGCUGACGGUGGCCGGCAAAUGCAAGCUCCUGGGCGUGGGCUGUGGUGUUCUGUUCUGUGCGUGACCAGGGGCAGUAGGACCCAACUACUCCCCUUUGCCCAGCCAGCAGCCAUUGUUCUUCAUAUUUGUUUAAUUUACAUCACAAUCUGUUGAAUCUCAGGUAAAUGAGGUCUGUAUUUUGGUAAGUUUUAUCUUGACAGAAAGGCCAGCCUGGUCUUCCCGACGCUUCCUGUCCACAUUAGAACUUCAUGUGUCCAUGAGUUUGGGGCAGGUGUGGUUUAACACUGACCUUCAUGACCUUACAUAGCUCUUUAGAGAAGCCAUAACAGUUAGACUGCAAUACCAACCAGACCGCCCUCUGCCCAAAGAGACAAGCAUGCUCGGCCCACGGCACCUUUCUUGCUCACCUGGGCCACUCUGCGCAUCUCAGGCUGGUUUUCGCAACCUGAAGAUCUGGCUCUCAGCAGAUGGCCUUUUCGUAAGUGAACCCUGCAUCCUGUUCCUAGCGUAUGGGACACCGGGCCACUGAGCUUAGAAUAGCCCGCGUGUUACCUGUCUGUCUGUCCUUGUGCCUGCACCUCCUGCAUGUCAGAGGCCUCAUAUGUUCUAAGGGAAUCACAGCCAAUAAACAGUGAUUUCACAC